GGUGGGGGUGGGCAGGGAUCGCGCUGCCUCGGCUCAGCUCGGGAUUGGGGCCGUGGGGGGGCUCAGCCCCUCGGAGCCUGUGAGUCAGCACUGUCUCCGGGAUUGGCCUCUCCCCGCAGCUCCCGCCCUUGGGGAGGAGCCAGGCAGCUCUAGGUGCAGCCUGCUCUGCUCUCAGCCAGAGAGGAGGCUCCGCCGGGCGGGGCUGGGGCUUGGGACUGUGUGUGUCUGACCUGGGGGAGCCCGAGGAAGCCGAGCCACUGCCCCCCUUCCUUCCCAGGACCCUGGCGCUCCCUGGGCCAUAAAGGGCCCGUCCGGCUAAGGGCCUGGGGAUGCCCCCUGCCUGGCCCCCUUGCCCGGACCGGCAGGGGGGCCGGGCUGGGCUGCAGCCUCCCUCUCACUCCAGCCAUGGAUCUCCUGCCCCCCAAGCCCAAGUACAACCCGCUCCGGAAUGAGUCUCUGUCAUCGCUGGAGGAGGGGGCCUCCGGGUCCAGCCCGCCGGAGGAGCUGCCUUCCCCGUCAGCCUCUUCCCUGGGGCCCAUCCUGCCGCCUCUGUCCGGGGAGGACAGCCCCACCACCCUGUGCUCCUUCUUCCCCCGGAUGAGCACCCUGAAGCUGGCCACCCCGGCCGGCGGGCGCCCGGGGCCGAAGGGGGAGCCCGGCAGGGCGGCGGAGGGCGGGGAGGGGGCCGCGGGGGCGGCCGUGCCGGACUCGGGCCCCCUGCCCCUCCUCCAGGACAUGAACAAGCUGAGUGGAGGCGGCGGGCGCAGGACUCGGGUGGAAGGGGGCCAGCUGGGGGGCGAGGAGUGGACCCGCCACGGGAGCUUUGUCAAUAAGCCCACGCGGGGCUGGCUGCACCCCAACGACAAAGUCAUGGGACCCGGGGUUUCCUACCUGGUUCGGUACAUGGGCUGUGUGGAGGUCCUGCAGUCCAUGCGUGCCCUGGACUUCAACACCCGGACUCAGGUCACCAGGGAGGCCAUCAGUCUGGUGUGCGAGGCUGUGCCGGGUGCCAAGGGGGCUUCAAGAAGGAGAAAGCCCUGUAGCCGCCCGCUCGGUUCCAUCCUGGGGAGGAGCAACCUGAAAUUCGCUGGAAUGCCAAUCACUCUCACCGUCUCCACCAGCAGCCUCAACCUCAUGGCGGCAGACUGCAAAGAGAUCAUCGCCAACCAUCACAUGCAAUCUAUCUCAUUUGCGUCUGGCGGGGACCCGGACACAGCCGAGUAUGUCGCCUACGUUGCCAAAGACCCGGUGAACCAGAGAGCCUGCCACAUCCUGGAGUGUCCCGAGGGGCUUGCUCAGGACGUCAUCAGCACCAUUGGCCAGGCCUUCGAGUUACGAUUCAAACAAUACCUCAGGAACCCACCCAAGCUGGUCACCCCCCACGACAGGAUGGCUGGCUUUGAUGGCUCAGCUUGGGAUGAGGAGGAGGAAGAGCCACCUGAUCAUCAAUACUACAAUGACUUCCCGGGGAAGGAACCCCCUCUUGGGGGGGUGGUGGACAUGAGGCUUCGGGAAGGAGCCCCCCAGGGGCCUGCUCGACCCACUCUGCCCAGUGCCCAGAACCCCAGCCACCUGGGAGCUACGCUGCCAGUGGGGCAGCCUGCUGGGGGAGACCCAGAAGUCCACAAGCAGAUGCCACCUCUGCCACCCUGCCCAGGCAGAGAGCUCUUCGAUGAUCCCUCCUACGUCAACAUCCAAAACCUGGACAAGGCCCGGCAGGCAGGGGCCGGGGCGGGGCCCCCCAGUCUUGCUGUCAAUGGCAGCGCGCCCCGAGACCUCUUUGACAUGAAGCCUUUUGAAGAUGCCCUUCGGGUGCCUGCACCCCCCCAGUCAGUGGCCAUGGCUGAGCAGCUCCGAGGGGAGCCCUGGUUCCACGGGAAGCUGAACCGGCGGGAGGCCGAGGCCCUGCUGCAGCUCAAUGGGGACUUCCUGGUGCGGGAAAGCACGACCACGCCUGGCCAGUACGUGCUCACCGGCCUGCAGGGCGGGCAGCCCAGGCACCUGCUGCUGGUGGACCCUGAGGGCGUGGUCCGGACGAAGGACCACCGCUUCGAGAGCGUCAGCCACCUCAUCAGCUACCACAUGGACAAUCACCUGCCCAUCAUCUCCGCGGGCAGCGAACUGUGUCUGCAGCAGCCGGUGGAGCGGAAAUUGUGAUCCGUCCCAGGUGCUUUCUAGAAAGCUCCCUCCCACCUGUCCGCUAUUCCCUGACUUCAGGACCUCCCUCUGGAGCUCCUGUGAGCUUGGCCUUGUGUAGCAGCUGGGCGUAGCGUGGACACUGGGGCUAGCAUCCAGCUCAGGGAGAGAGUUUGAGUCAGGAGCCUGGGGCAGAAUCCUCCUUCUCCCCAAACCUCACCAAAGUAUUAACCUAGAGCGGCCCCUCCCCAGGGCCUUUCCUGUGCCAACCUGAUGUCCCCUUCCUCAGGAAGGUGGGUGCUCAAGGCCUGGGCAGCGUGCCUUGUAAGGGAGAACGCCCUGUGACCACAGGCAGCCACCCUUCCGGGAAAGGAGGAACAAAUCACAUCUCCCGUCUCCCCCUGGGCUCAGGGCGCUCCAGCCCCUCAGCAGCGCUCCCUGCCCAGUGUGUAAACUUUGUGCCUUUGACUAUCUCCUAGUUCUGAAGAUACUUUAUGCAAAGAGUUCUUGGGCCCCUGAGGCCAAGGAUCGGGGUGCUGAUCCCCUGGCUUCUGGGACCCUGCCCUCUCCUUGCUCAGCAUCCCUCCAGUUUAGGCUGGGAGGACAGAAGCAGGAGUGGCAGCUGUACCUCUCCCGGGCAUAUGCCACCUUCACCGAUUGCCUCACAGCUCCCCUCCCGGCCAGGGGGGAGAUGGACCCCUUUGCUCAGUGCCUCCUGGCCGGGGCCUUUGUCCCAGGGGUUUGUAUAUACAUAUUGUUCCCCCCACCCCUUCCAUGUUGCAUGCAUGUUAUAUUCUACAGCCAAAGUGUAGCCUUCCGCGCCCUCCACACUGCCUCCCUGAGAGGGUGGUGGGGUGAUGACCGAAUUUGGGCUCCCCUGAACUGACAGCUCUCCGAGGUAGAUCUUGUGGAGGCAGGAAUGGGCAUUGAGACUCAGAAGCAGUAGACAAUCCCCAAAUACCAUCUGUAGAUUUGGAUCUGCAUUUAUUUUUUAUGCACAUAUUUUAGGCUGUAGAUUUCCUUUCCUACUUUGUUUUCUAUGGCUUAUUCUUGAGCACAAAAGGAUGGUAAUCGAUUACAUUUAUACAUCACUGUUGGCAUUUUCCUCACCCCAGCCUGCGGCACACUUGGGGUGGGCAGCAUUGUCUUUUCAAGGGGACCCAGGUCGGAAGUCAGUUGUGAGCUGGAAUAAGAAACACUUGGGCCUCUUACCGGGAGGCUGCGGGGAAGUGCAGCGGAAUGAGCCUGGUUCACGGGGUGGGGGUGGACCUAAAACCUGCAGAUAUUGAAGACCUCGGGCGACUCUCGGGGAGUCCGGGAAGCCCACGACGCCUUAGAAGCCUCCCAGCCCCGUCCCUAACCCUCGCCUCCUUUUUGCGGUUAGAUGUUUUCACGGGCCUCACUGAUACCAAAGGGAAAGAAUCUUCAUUAAAGUCCGUAUUUCUUCUA